AUGAGCAUUGUCGCGGUGGUGUGGAGGCUUGCCGAGCCAGCGAGUGUGCUGGCGGCAAGUGCAGAGGCGAGACAGCCGCUAGUGAACACGUGCGCUCAGCACUUGCAGAAGCAGUUGGAACGUAGUGGUGACGCGAACGCCGCGUUUCGCGUGUACCUGUUGUUUGAUGAUGGUCAGCUGCACGCACGCCAUGACGUCCUGCAGAUCUGCAGCCACAUCUACUCCAGCUGUGACGCCAACUUGCAGGCAGCAGAGAGGUAUGUGUAUGACCUCUUGGUGGUACCAAUCUCAGAUGCGGAUGAGGUGCCCUUGUGCAAACGCGCGAUGCUGCUUGCGCCGACACUGUCCAUGGUCUACAACGAGCCAGCGUCGAGUGAUGUGCGCGCGCUGGAUCAAGAGCGGAAGGCGGUUGGUGUUGCGCCAGCAGCGAUGUUGGAGAGGGUUGCACAUCAACACGACGAUGCGGACAGAGAGGUUACUGCAGCUGCCACGCGAGACGUGCAGGCGGAAGCGCGUGUCUUCGAUCACUGCUGUAUGGGCGGUUCCUUUGACCAUUUGCACAGCGGACACAAGCUCCUGCUCACGGCUGCCGCUCUACAUACGCGCACCUGCAUCCACAUUGGCAUCACCAGUGGCAAAUUACUCGCAAACAAGAAGCACGCACAUCUUCUUGAGGCCUUUGAUGCCAGGUGA